AUGGCCACGUCUCGUAAUUAUAACAACGUCACAAGUGAUAGCAAUCAAGAGACUAAAACUACUCGUGUGACAGAUCGUACUCAAAUUCAUCAAGUUCUUGCAGGCGUUGGCCUAGAUCCGAACGAUUAUAUUAUUAGUCCAUCACCAGAGGAUCAGUUAUCCCGAGAGUCAGCAUCUAAUAAAACAUCAGCUUUUACUACCUAUCCUUCACCACCAGAGCAGAACGCUCAACAUCCAUUGACAUCGCAAUCGCAUUCCUUAUUCACAUCCGCUCGACCUCUUUCAUACGUAGAACAACCUCCACCUCAACCUCCACCAGCGCAACUUUUUCCAGGUUAUCCAUCGACACAAUCAAAUAACAAUCAACCACCAAUCAAUCAACAACAAGGUCCACAACUACCACCACCACCAACCUCACAAUCAACAGCAUCGUCACUAUCAUUUCUUUUCAAUCAACCCUCAUCAAACACACAAAAUACAAUCUCACAAAACACAACCUCACAAAAUAUACCUACACAAAAUACAACUACACAGCCAUCUAACGAUAUGAGUCAUUACUGCGUUUCACCAAGACGAUCUCCUCCACCGCCACCAUCGCAUUGUCACCCCCAUCAUCAUCACCAUCAUCAUCAUCAUCGUGAUUCGUCCUUGUCAGCCGAACAUUAUAUACAUCAAGUUAAUUCACACUGUAACCCACCUGUUAAAGUAGUAAAACCGAGUACACAAAAUGUUGUCUAUAAAAAGGAAAUUCGUAUUCGUUAUUUACAACCACCUACACCACCACCACCAGCACCAAUUAUAAUUCGUGAAAAACAUAUACCACCAGAUCCACCUCAAUCUCCACUUCUUAUUCGUGAGCGAAAACCAGAAGCUCGUACACCACCACCAUUGACUAUCCGUGAACGUCCACCAACACCACCUAAACCACUUGAAGCUCCAACACCAGAACCUAUUAAACCAGCACGUAAUGUUGUUAUUGAAUAUGAACCAUUAAAAGCUUAUACAGUUCGACGUGUUAUCGAAGAAGGUGUAUUUCGUGUUGAUCCAUGUCAAUUUUCAAGUUACAAUGCUAAAACACAGAAUUGUGGUGGUGACGUACGUAUUGUUGAACGUAUUGAAGAUUUACCACCACCAAGUGAACAAUUAAGACGUGUUUUAAAUGAAUAUAAUUGUGAACAUCGAUGUAGUCCAGCACAUAUAAGUCGUCAUGAUUAUCAUUCACAUCAGAAUUUAUCUGAACAUAUUCCAUCAUCGAUUCAACAUUUAUUAACGGGUGCACGACCUACAUCAAAUAUUGAUCAACUUACAAAUGUAUCACGUUCAUCAAGUACACCAGCUCAUAGACAUGAUCGAGUUCUAUCAACAGGCAGUAAUUCAUCAGUUCCAAGUCCAACCCAUGCACGUCUUCCAAGUUCACAUUCGAAAACUUCCAAUCGUAUAGUAGAACAACGUUCACCACCUCACGGUAGUCCAAUGCGAUAUCAUGAGGACGAUAUCUAUUAA